UGACGUUAUGAAUUUGUGGCUUGAUAACAAAGAGCAAGAUAUUAAACAUCCGCUGUCGCUACACUGACUGCCCAGCCCGGCCCAGCAAUCACAGUUGUCUCUAUACUGCAUAGGACUGGAGUAUUCCACUCCACAAACUUAAUCCUUCUUUUGUGCUGAUAGUGAAAAAAAUUCUCUGAAAUAAAACUCGCAUUUGUGUUAAUAACAUUAAGGAAAUUUAUGGAAGUGUAUUUUUAAAAGAACUCUCGAAUGUAAUACGGGCGAAGAGUGGCUCGUCUGUACAUAAGACACUCAGUCAAGAAGAAACAUUCGUCACGAUUGGUGGUGCGAUCCUGUUGGACUCCAGUAUUGGUUGACGGUGACGCUUCCAAAGUAAAAGCAGCCAACAAGACACAAUGGACACAAGAAAAGUGUUAUGGGUAGUGGCUGUGUGCGCAAUACUCGGCCCAGCGUUGGCCGUCCUUACUGCUGAUCAAGAAACGAACUUCUGCACCCUAAUGGGCCACAGACUGCAGUGUGUCUUCAAAAACACGAGUGAGGACGUGGAGGUUGUGAGGGUAUCGCCUGGCGUGAGAGAAGUGAAGGUGGAGGCAGCAGCUACCCUUCACGGGAUUCCUCCCUGCGGCACCAACCUCCAGGUGUGGUCAUCCACCAACGUCACACUUCAGGGCACCGUCACACAACGCGCUAUGGACGCGAUGCCUGAACUCCGCCGAAAAAGGAUUUCUAACGAGCACAAGGUUGAACAUGGUGCCUCUGCUAGUCGUGGUGGCCCUCCACGAGGUGAAACAGUGCAUUUCUCUACUUCUGUGGAAACGGUUUCAAGUAGCUCUAGUAAAGAGCAUGUAUCUUACAGUGUCAGCGUAGAAGAGCGCGGAGCAAAUUGUGUGAGGAAUGUAUUUGUGGUUCAGUCGAAGCUCCACUGGCUACGAGGAAAAUUUGAUCUGACUAGUCUGAAGCUCAGUGAGGUGGACGACCUCGACGGUGAGUUUGGUCAACUUAACGUUCAGAAUUCAAAGGUGUCUAAUUUUUCUGCCUCAGGACGUCAAAUACUCAUUGAGAAAACCUCAAUUGGGCUGCUGUCAAGGCUGGAAGUAGAGAAUCAACUACAGCUCCGUGAUGUUCAAAUAGAGCGUCUCAUCGCACCUGGACUAGUUCAUCAGAGAUCUGGAAGAAGAAAGCGAAUAUAUUUUAAUAACGAAGCCGUUCACUCCCUGAACAAUGUGGAGGUGAGCAUGAUGGAAACUGGAGCAAUGAGGGUUGUGAGUGAGAGAGUUUCUGUCACCAACUUGAAAGUGGAUGAAGUGGGCUCCGCCGCAAUUACCGUCGAAGCAGGAGGGAGCCUUACGCUGACUAACGUUCACAUUGGUCAAGGACCUCAAAGCUGCCUCAUCCUUAGUGGAGCAUCAAGUGUUGUUAUCAAUAAUUUCACCCUUGGGAACGACACCAUCACAAAUCUAGAGUUAUCGAGUAAUAGCUCACAGAAGAUCGCCUACCCGUUAUAUACAAUAGUGGCAGCCAGUACAGAUAUUUUACCCAAGAACGGAGAAGCCGUGUCAACCCCUGGAGAAGAUGCAGAUAAAACUGAUAGGGGUCUUGUAGGCUUCUCAUGGUACUGGGUUAUUAUCAUGACUGCUGUGGGUAUUUUUGCGGGCAUAGUUAUUGGCACAGCUAUCAUGUGGCGAAAACCGGGCAUGACUAGAGGAGAACCGUCGGUGCUGACGCUGUCGGACCUGAUAUCACGGGACAGACAGCAGGAAGAGACCGAGAACCACGUUUAUGACACACCUCAACACUUGGAGUUGACUCGACAAGACUCAGGACUGACUUCCUCUUCGUUUGCAUCGUUUACUCCAUGCCAAGAGAAGUCCCGACGCCUGUCCUCCGUCAGCCAGAAGCAGCAACAGGACCCCGACGUCUGCCAGUCGAUCGCCGCAGAACCCAACAUCUACGUACUGGCUUGCACCCACGAAGACAUCAUCUACGAGGAAGUAGAAGCACUAGAAGCACAGAAGUUGGACGAUCAUUACCUCGCCAUGAAAUGAUACCUACCCAGAGCGGCUGAAAUAUGGCUCAUCUGAACACUGUCACACUCAUUCCCACUGUGUAGUGUUUUGUUGGGUUUAACUGAUAUUAGGUACUGCAGUGCUAGCAUCAUAAUAAGACCAUAUACUCGUUCAUGUCCUUGUGAUUGUUUAUGAGUAAACACACGAGAAACUCAGGGAGAACCAGAUGUAGGAAGCAACAGUGUAUAGGGCAGUAUUAUGACAAGACCCACACACUGUUACUAAUCUUGAGACGGCUGGUCAUAUAUUGUAGGCCUUUCUUGUAGAAACAGUUGUAAUUCCCAGUUAGUUAACGUCUGGCCCCCCAAUUCACCUUAUUUCCUUGCAUGUGUGUGUGUGUGCGCGCGCGCGUGUGUGUGUGUGUAGAAAGGGCCAGUGUGAGUAAUAUAGCCUGGCCAGGAUGUGUGUGUGUUUGGGAGGAGGGGCGCCCCCACCAUCACCACUCACUUGCUCAUGGUUGACAUAUCUAUUGUGUACACAUGUAAUUUACAUGUUUAAACAAUACCCAUAUAAACUUAAAGUAUGCAUUCUUUAAUAUAUGUAUAUAUAUUAAAUUAAUAUAUAAUAUAUAUGUAACUAAUUAAAAUGUGUUAAUUUAC